AUGCGAAUACCGGGUUCGCGUCGCUACUGCUGUGAAACAAUUAUGAACCAUUUCGAAUGCCUACUUGAAUGCGUUGCCGCCGACAGACAAGCGAUCACGAUCAUCGGUAAAAACACAGGUGAUCACAUUGAUACAGUUCCACGGGUCGACAUACAACAGGUGGGAGCAUUUCUGCAGGCUCCUGAGUUGAAAGUGUGGGCGGAGAUCGCGCGCGGAAGCAUCGCGCGUUCCUCCGAAUAUCAACAUGGAUUUGAUCCACUUUAUUAUCAACGAACUCCCAGGGUCCCCAUCAAUAUCUUUAUCAGAGGACCAGAAAACAUGAUCUCAAAAGUCAUGAACAAGAAUACGCGCGCUCGGAUUACCCGUUAGAACAGAGACACUGUGGUGACUAGGCUUCCUCGUGCAUGAAGGGUUGGCAAUAAAACAUCAGAUUAUACGAUCAACACCUCCUUGUUCUUCGCCUUCCACACCAUCGUUGCAACAAGCAACAUCAAUGUCAACAAUUAUGAGUACUUAUGAUAUAUGAACCAGAAGAUGGAACAUUUUUUUGCCGCAGAACAAAAAGUAGAAGUACAGAAGAUGUUAAUAUCUUAUCAGUGUACUAUAUAGAGUCAAAGUGAAAGAUAAUGAAUUCAAAACGUGCUGGUCGUAUUGGUUUUCGUGAAAGAUUUUUUAUUUUUACAUUUGCUACUGUACAGAGGACCACCUGCUACUGUACUAGUUUAGGUGCUACUGUACAGAGGACCUGCUGUACAAUGAGUAGCACAAAGUGAUCAUACUUGAUAACUGCUAACCUAAGAUUGCCUGUAUUUUUCGGCUCUUAUCUCUUGCUUACCAGUUAUUUUUAAAUUUAACGCUCCUCCAUCGGUCUCGAUUGUCUCGGGUUUGGUUUGGGUGAGAUGAUUAUAGGAAAUUGGCCUUUUUUCUCCUGUACCCCCUUAUAAUCUUUGUGCUCGUUAUGAAGAUUAUUUUUGUUCUAGUGCCGAGCUGGCUCUUAAUCUUUGAUUAAUAAUCACCGUCUAGGCAUUUCUCAUUAUUUUUACAUUUGUAAGCUUUUUUCCUGGAUGAUGUUGCAAAUUAAUACCGGGUGAACUUACUUGAACUAGUAACAUAGUCAACUUCGUCGUGUUCUUCAUAGUCAACUUCGUCGUGUUCGAUCUUUUCCUCAAUUGCAGGUAAACUAACAGCUGUAACGCUGUCAGUGUUGCUUAUCUUAUUGGAUUGAUGGACAUCGACUGCAAGAACUGCAGAUGAUGUAGUGUAAGAGAUAUUCGCUAUUACCAUGUUUAUUUCUGAAGUUCUCGGACAAAAACAAAAUGCUUUUGAUCAGUGAAAGAAAGUAGGUACAUGAAAGUACAAAAUGAAAAUGGGAUUGAUGAGAUCUUUUUACACACUUGAGGGGUCCUCCUAAAAGUGAUCGUGUUCAGCUGACAAUUGACGCUCGUUGAAUUAAGCACGAAUUAUAUGUUCAAGUCAUUUUCCAGUCAUAAUUCGUCCAU